AUGGCCAUAAAUGCACUGAUAACUGUUUUUGACAUUCGUAAGAAGACCACCACAGUAAAACUGCUAAACAGGUUUUCUGUUUACAGUAUUUAUUCUUGGACCGGACCAGCUCUGAUCGUCGUACCUUCCAUCUUAGUAGAUAUGUUUUUGGUAGAUUCUACCUUUAAACCAAACUAUGGGAUGGGCCUUUGCUGGCUGACCAACACAAAUGCCCUCAUGAUGUUCUUUGCAGGCCCGCUUUUCAUUAUCAUUUUAAUGAAUGCAAUAUUCUUUGUAAUUAUCGCCACUAAGAUCAGUCAGGGUGGAGACUCUAACAGGCAUAGCGACGUGAAGGACAAGACGAAUGUAUUCAUCUGCAUGAAGCUGUUUUUGGUGAUCGGUCUCACGUGGUCUGUUGGUUUUGUUGCCAACUUAAUUCCGCAUCCCGUUUUCUGGUAUUUAUUUAUUUUCCUCAACACUCUGCAAGGUCUUUUUAUAUUCCUCUCAUUUGUUGCUACAAAACAAGUAUGGCGUCUUGUAAGAGAUCGCCUGGUCGCAGUGGAUGGCAACUCAGAGAGUAGUCCUAGUGUGGUAGCCUCGUCUCUUACAGAGUUGCCAAGUCAUAAGGCAAGUGGUAUUGUAGCAGGCAAAUAUGAUGACAUGCCUGUUUCCAAGAGCCAGAUUUAA